AUGGCGACCUACAAUCCCCCUCCUUUCCCGCGACGACCCAAAAACGCCAACCUCCUCACCGAAACCCGCUACCAAUUCCAACUCGCCUACUACCGCUACGAGAUCAACACCGCCCUCUACGUAAUGUCCCCCGGGGAGAAACUCGCCUACAAUAUCGUCGUCAUGUCUCUGUUGGCAUUGCUUUUCAGCGCCGUCUACUACUAUCUGCCCAAGACUACGAUUACCGGCUUGCAGCGAUUGGCGUACUACAUUACCGGGAGUCACAGGAUGCAUCGCUUGGAUGUCGCUAGUGCCGGGGUGAUGCAGAGCUCGGGUGCAGAGGCGAUGGCGAGUUUGGGAGGCAUGAUGAAUGCGACUGCGUUGUUUGCGCCUUGA